UGGUGCUAACAGCUAACGGCUAACAGCAGUGUGAUAACGGACCGUCCUGUCGGGAGCAGAUACACCGACUAGCAGCGGGCCGACACCGGACCGACACCGAAACUUUCUCUAAUGUCGCUGCUGAACUGAAGAAGCUUCUGGAAGCUGCUCGUGAACGCGCACGGUCUCCAUGGCUACGGAGGAGUUGUACGAGGUGGAGCGCAUCGUGGACAAGAGGAAGAACAAGAAGGGGAAGGUGGAGUACCUGGUCAGGUGGAGAGGUUACAGCUCAGAGGGGGACACGUGGGAGCCAGAGACACACCUGUCCACCUGCAUGAUCUACGUCCACGAGUUUAACCGUCAGUACGCCGAGCGGCAGAGAGACGCCACGCUGCUGCGCUCCACCCGCAGCUCGCCCAGCCUCUACUGUAGCCCCGCCCACAGGCCACCCUGCAGGCCGCCGCCCACUGCCCGCAGUGACAUCAGCCCAGGUGUAGCUGGAGACGGUAACCAGGUGAAAGCUCCACUUGGCCUCCACCUGUCCCCCCCCGGACCGCCCCGCCCCGCCACCGUCGGCUCCCAACAGCCCCCGGACAGGUUCAGCAGCAGCCUGAUGUCGGCGUCUCCGGCCAGCUCUGCCCGCCGCAGCGUAGAUCUGUCCAAGACCGGCAUCAAGAUUCUAGUUCCAAAGAGUCCGAUGAACAGCCGGCUGGACUCGGAGGAGUCUCCCAGUGAGGCAGCUCACAGCCUGGAGGCCGGAGCUCAGGAAGCUCACCUGGUUCCACCUGAGGUCGCCCUGCUGGAGAAACCUGCAGGAGUCCAGCUGGGGCCCGGAGAGGAGAGGGCCCGCAUGGGGACCCGACCGCGAAGCCAGAACCCCCUGCCGCCGCCCCGAGCCCCCAUCACCCCCGCUGCCAUGCGCUCCCUCAGCGGCACAGGAAACUCGGCGCUGAUGGAGGCCGUCGCGGCCAGCGGGAUGUCGGGUUUGCAAAGCACUGUUGCUGGGGCAACCAGUGUGACAGGGAAACGCCGUCUAGAGGAAAGAACAGCAUUCGACAAACGUCUGAGGUUCAGUGUGCGACAAACGGAGAGCGCCUACCGUUACCGCGACAUCGUGGUAAAGAAACAAGAUGGCUUCACCCACAUCCUGCUGUCCACCAAGAGUUCUGACAACAACACCCUCAACCCCGAGGUGAUGAAGGAGAUCCAGAGCGCCAUGGCAACGGCAGCAUCAGACGACAGUAAGCUGGUGUUACUUGGUGCCGUUGGCAGCGUCUUCUGCUGUGGCCUCGACUUCCUGUAUUUUAUCAGACGCCUGACGGACGACAGGAAGAAGGAGAGCAUCAAGAUGGCCGAGACCAUCAGAACCUUCGUCAACACCUUCAUUCAGUUCAGGAAGCCGAUUGUGGCGGCGGUGAAUGGGCCAGCAGUCGGCCUGGGGGCGGCCAUCUUGCCGCUCUGCGACGUGGUGUGGGCCAAUGAGAAGGCCUGGUUCCAGACGCCGUACACGUCCUACGGCCAGACGCCCGACGCCUGCUCCUCCUUCACCUUCCCCCGCAUCAUGGGGCUCGCCUCGGUCAGUGCUGCUGUCACCGCCAUGUUCACUUCCCACCUCCUCCUCACCCCU